AUGAUGGACGAGGCAUCGAGCUCCGAUGGCGAAAACUCGGAGGAGAGGAACUUGGUGGACGCUGAGGAUGAGUUCCCCGAGAUCGACGGGCUCGAGGAGCUCGAGUUGAAUGGCGCGCACGCGAUCCUGAACUUCCUGCGCUUUCACGACUUCGCAAGGGAUCCCGAGGAAACCCGGCUGCGGGACUUCCCGCGGCUACCCGUGCCCGUGGAGGCGCUCAAAGGCGAGACGCGGCAGGACAUGGACCUGUGCACGACGGACAAGGGCGUCAAGAGGCUGCUGGAGCGAACGCGCUCUGAGUACGGCGAUUUCUGCAAGGCGGAGGGGUGCACGGAUGACAAUGUUUCCGGGGCGUCUUCUUUUCCCGGAUUGGGGGGCCGGGAGGUCCAGGGGGGGGGAAUGGACGCUGUGGAAGAUGCCGGCGGCACGGCGCUGCCCUCGCCGUCUAGGGCCGGGCCGGUGUGCCCACUCCAGGCUUGGUUCGCCUCGAAAUGCCAGCCCAAGGAACGGUGCUGCUCGCAGGAGUCGUGCGCGAGCACCUCGCUAAGUCAGUCGAGCAUGGACGUCGACAUUAACCCCGCCCCGAGUCCUGGCAGGGCCGGCAACCUCAUCAACCGGCUCCUGGGCAGGGCUUCCAAGUCCCCAGCUCAGUCCUUAGUGCAUGAGAACAAGGUCGAUGGGGCCAAGCCUGGCAAGGCCAGCGGAGAUGGGAAGGCGGACCAAUGGGGAAAUGUGCACCACAUGAUUGGUGCGAGAGAGCUGGGCAUGUGCCGGGGAGGGGGCUUCUCCCGCAGCCAGCAGUGCCACGUCCUGUGCGGCAGGCGGAUACCUGCGCACCCGACACGGGUGGUGGAGGAGCUGCCCAGCCGCGGUUAUAUCGGGCAGUUUUCUGAGGAAGGGGACCUGUUUGUGGCCGCGUUCCAGGACAAGUGCAUCCGCAUUUAUGACGUGCAGUAUGGCUGGCGGCUGAGGAAGAACAUCCAUGCCAGGAUGCUCAGGUGGACUAUCACCGAUACAGCGAUCAGCCCGGAUGGCAGGCUGCUGUUGUACUCCAGCAUCACCCCAUACGUGCACCUUGUGAACAUCGGCAGCUAUGCAGAUGGCAUCGAAAGCAUCUCCAAUGUCACAGAUAUCCAUGACUCCUUAGCCUUUGGGGAGACGAGCGACGGCUCUCGGCACAUGUCUGGCAGCACGGUGGGCAUCUGGUCCCUUGCCUGGUCUCGGAAUGGCUAUGAAAUCAUAGCGGGCACGAGCGACUGCAGCAUAAUGGUGUACGACUUGGAAUCCCGGACGACGACGACCAGCGUGCAGGGGCACCUUGAUGACGUCAACGCCGUGGCCUUCGUGGACGACUCUGCCAACGUGUUUGUUUCUGGGUCCGAUGAUGCUCUCGUGAAGGUGUGGGACCGCCGAAUGCUGGGCCCGCGCCACAGGGCGGCUGGCGUGCUGGUCGGCCACACCGAGGGUGUCACCCACAUCGACAGCAAGGGCGACGGGCACUGUCUCAUCUCCAACUGCAAGGACCAGACGAUCAAGCUCUGGGACUUGAGAAAAUCCGUAACGGAGGAGACCCUGGCAAGGCGCACGGCGCCCCGCCUGCCCCAGUUCCACUGGGACUACCGCUGGAGCAAGUACCCUGGCGAGGGCUUUGACAUCGCCCACCCUGACGACUCCAGCCUGAUGACCUACAGGGGCCACGGCGUGCUGAAGACGCUCAUACGUGCACACUUCUCGCCGGCAUUCACGACUGGACAGCGGUACAUAUACACCGGCAGCUGCACCGGCUCCCUGCACGUGUUCGAUGUGGUGACUGGUGAGGAGGUGGAGACCCUUCAGCACCACGUUGUGCCCGUGCGGGACUGUGCCUGGCACCCCACGGCCCCCAUGCUGGCGUCGGUUGGGUGGGACGGCUGCAUUGUGUUGUGGGCACCGCGGGAGAGCUGCAGGGAAGACCACAGCCUCCUCAGGCGCCCCAGCGGCGACAAGUACGACUUCUGA